AUGGCUUCCUCAGAAGUUGAUCAGAAAUGCCUGGGCCAUUUCGCUGCCAGCACUAGCCGCGAGAACCCUUUUCUUUCCAGCAUGCUAUACAAAAUCUUGGGGCUUUCCGUCAUUCUUUCGAAGAAGCUGCUGCGGGCGCGAAAACUCCGACGGUUGGAUCCUUCACGCGAUACGAAGUCUCUCCAGCUUUACCAUCACAUCAUAUGGUUAUCUAGAGAAGGCCUUGUGAUCGUCGAGCAGUACAUCCUUCCCAUGGUUGAAGACUAUGUGGAAUUGAAGGUGCUGGCAUAUAAGCUGAGGGCCUCUUUCUACCACAUCUUCGUCCUCUUCCACAAUCAGCCGGCGAUCCACCCGCCCGGCAUCAGCAGCCUUGGUAGCACGACCACUCUUCACAACAGCAGCACCGGGUCAGGGUUCCAGGCGACGAGACCGGAACUUCCCAACCGCGAUUCCAUUUCUAUCACUCCUCCACUGGAAGGCGGACCUGUGGGUGGUGGCCUGCAGUCACGGCCUCCGGGGCUUACGACUCCUUUUCAGAAUCCAAAAGCUGCUUCGUCAUUUCUACUUCCCGCUCUCGACUAUAGGCCGACCGCCAGCGCCUGUUUCAAUAACGCAGCAGUCCUCGCGGAUACUCUUCUUCCAGGAUCACAUCUACUUCGACUCUCCGUUAAGCUCGAAUAUGCGGCGUAUCUCUAUGAUUGUUUGCAUGACUCGGACGCCUGUAGGCGCCUAGCAAAACAGGCAAUAGCCGACGUGUACAACGCACAGGAAGGAAUGGACGAUGAAAGCUUCGAGGAUGCUGCAGAGCUCGUGGGAAUCUUGGGGAAGAUGGUCAAGCGGGGCGGCAAAACAAGCAGUGCUGGCGGAAGUAGUACCGCCGGUGGGACGCCAGCUGGCGAAUAUUCUCGGAGCGAAGGAAGCAGAGGCACUCCUACGCGGCAGCAGCGGUCGAUUUCUCCAUCAAGUCGCACUACGGCGAUAAAGGCGUCCGCCAAGGAAGGAAUGGGUGCUUCCCCUGGAGUCCCAGAUCUGGUGAUGUUGAAUCCCAUUUGA